AUGGUACCUAAUUCGUGCAGUAUGGCGCCAAAUGACAUGCAGGUUCGUCACGGCGUAUUAGCCGUCAAUGAAGCGACUACAGAUAAGCCUCAGUUCCAUGCAGACGGUGUCGAAACCUCUAAGAAAGAGUUUCAGGAGGGCGGUUAUGGAUGGGUCAUCGUUAUGUGUGUAGCGCUCAUCAACAUGCACACCUGGGGCCUGAAUGCGGUAGGGAUGCAUAGCCCAGCAGAAGACUAUGCCAGCCUGACUCACGGUGGAAUCACAGUCCUUCGCCCUCUCAUGACUGCACCCCUUGUCACUCUGUCAGUCCGCUCAUUCGGAUCCAGAUCUACACUGGCGCUGGGAGUCAUCAUCCAGACCAGUGCUCUGUUGGGCGCCUCAUUCCAAUCCCAGAUAUGGCACCUCGUGCUUACGCAGGGCGUCUUCUUCGGUCUAGGCGUCGGGUUAUCUUUUAACUCUACAGUAUCGAUCAUCUCCCAAUACUUCGACAAACGCCGAUCAUUUGCAAACUCAUUAUCAACCUGUGGUUCAGGUUUUGGUGGCUUGGCAUAUUCUCUCGCCACAAACGCGGCCAUUCAAAGUGUCGGCUUGGCUUGGACAUUUCGUAUUCUUGCCAUUUUAACACUUGUCGUCAACGGCCUUUGCUGCAUUCUGCUGCGCGAUAGAAACAAAAGCGUCGGUACAGUACUCUCUGCAUUUCGUUGGGCGCUACUCAAAAGGAAAGAUUAUCUUCUUUUCUUGUCGUGGGGAUUUUUCAGCCUAAUCGGCUACACCAUUGUUAUCUUCUCUCUCGCCGACUUCGGCCAGAGUGUAGGGUUUACAACGAGUCAGGCAUCCCUGGCCGCGGCCCUUAUGAAUCUCGGGCAGGGUAUUGGCCACCCCAUUAUAGGCCUGUCGAAUGAUCGAUGGGGCCGCUUCAACGUCGCCGGAAUCAGCACCUUACUUGCUGGUUUAACAACGUUAUUCAUUUGGGUUUUUGCCGGAAAGUACUUCGCCGGUCUCAUCGUUUACGCGCUUUGUGGUGCUCUAGCCGGCUGUCUUUGGCCCACGGUGGCGGCUGUGGGCGCUGAAGUCGUCGGGCUUCCACUCCUUCCGUCGGCGCUUUCUAUCUUCUGGACAGUUCUCUCUAUACCAACUCUUCUUGCCCAGCCCAUUGCUCUCGCUAUCAAGGGGCAAGGACGGGGCGGUGAUAGCUACCUCGGCGUCCAACUUCUAGCCGGCCUGGCGUACAUGUCGGCAUUCGCCUCCCGUAAGUACUAA